UGCCUCCUGCCCCUCUCCCUGGGGCUCUUCCAGGGUGCCCUGCUUCUCUUCUUCGCCUUCUUUGUCACCUACAAGCCCUCAGCGGGGGCGGAGGAUGCCAGCUUGGUGGCCAACCAGCUCUACAGCACCUUCCCCUUCUUCCAGGACAUCCAGGUGAUGCUGGUGGUGGGGCUGGGGCUCCUGCUGACAUUCCUGCCCCGCUACGGGUUCAGUGCCCUCACCCACAACUUCCUCCUCUUCAACUUCUCCACGCAAUGGGCGCUGGUGCUGCAGGGCUUGCUCCAUCACUUCCAGCAUGGCCAGGUCCACCUGGACCUCCACAACCUCCUCACCGCCGAGUUUGCUGCUGUGACGGUGCUCAUCUCCGUGGGGGCCAUCCUGGGGAGGACCAGCCCCUGCCAGCUCCUCCUCGUGGCUGCCUGUGAAGUCCCCGUCUACUUCACAUGUGAGUGGGUCAUCAUCACCCGCCUGGGCGUCCUGGAUGUGGGGGGCACAAUCACCAUCCACGUCUUCUCCUGCUAUUUCGGCCUCGCCGUGUCCAAGGCUCUGUUUGGGGCGGCACAGCGGCCAGUGCACCCCAAGGAAACCCCAACACCACGCUCCGACCUCCAGUCCCUCGUGGGGACACUCAUUCUCUGGGUUUUCUGGCCCAGCUUCGUGGCUGUCCUCUGCCAACCAGGAGAUGCCCAGCAUCGUGCCAUUCUGAACACCCUCCUGGCCAUGAGUGCCAGUGCUGUGACCACCAUGGUGGCCUCCAGCCUGCUGGAGAGGGACGGC